CAGGCUUCCAGCCCUGCCUCCCCGCUCGGCGUCCGCGCUCCCGGCUUCCCGCGCCCCGCCUGCAGCCCCACACCCCCACCCCGCAAGCCGUCCGACCGCCUUAAGCAGCAGAACACCGUCUUUUCAGAGCCUUGGACAUGGGGUCCUCCAGGAAGGUUACCCUCUCGGUGCUCAGCCGGCAGCAGUCGGAAGGGGUUGGAGCGCGGGUCCGCAGAAGCAUUGGCAGACCCGAGUUAAAAAACCUGGACCCGUUUUUACUGUUUGAUGAAUUUAAUGGCGGUAGACCAGGUGGAUUUCCUGAUCAUCCACAUCGAGGCUUUGAAACAGUCUCUUACCUCCUAGAAGGAGGGAGCAUGGCCCAUGAAGACUUCUGUGGACACGCUGGUAUAAUGAACCCUGGAGACCUGCAGUGGAUGACUGCAGGCCGAGGCAUCCUGCACGCUGAGAUGCCGUGCUCGGAGGAGCCAGCCCAUGGCCUACAGCUGUGGGUGAAUUUGAGGAGCUCGGAGAAGAUGGUGGAGCCACAGUACCAGGAACUGAAAAGUGAAGACAUUCCUAAACCCAGUAAGAACGGUGUGACAGUUGCUGUCAUUUCGGGAGAAGCCCUGGGAGUGAAGGCCAAGAUUUACACUCGCACACCAACUUUAUAUUUGGACUUCAAACUGGACCAAGGAGCAAAGCAUUCCCAACCCAUUCCCAAAGGGUGGACAAGCUUCAUUUAUACCAUAUCUGGAGAUGUGUAUAUUGGACCUGAUGAUGCACAACAAAAAAUAGAACCUCAUCACACAGCAGUGCUGGGGGAAGGUGACAGUGUCCAGGUAGAGAACAAGGAUCCUAAGAGGAGCCACUUUGUCUUAAUUGCUGGGGAGCCCUUAGGAGAACCAGUUGUUCAACAUGGUCCAUUUGUGAUGAACACCAAUGAAGAGAUUUCUGAGGCCAUUCUUGAUUUCAGAAAUGCGAAAAAUGGGUUUGAAAGAGCCAAAACCUGGAAAUCAAAGAUUGGAAACUAGCAAAGACCAUAAGAGCAGAUUUCGAUGCUUCUGAGAAUUUUGCUGUUUGUGGCAGCCAUCCUUUCAAUGCAUUCAGAUUCCAAAACCUGACGGGAGCUGGUUCUUCUAAAGAGUUCCACCCUAAAGUGAUAACAUGGUUUUUAUAGCAAUGCGCUUUGGUUAUUUCCUGGUGCCUGCCAAUAAACCUAAUUGUUGCUUCUUUAAAAAGCAAUCAGUGUUCUUCAC